GACGGCAAAAAAAGAGAGCGAGCGUGAGAGAAACAGAGAGAGAGAGAGAGAGAUGGCGGGUGCGUUUUGGGGGACGCGAGUGCUGGAGAUAGUGAAGAAGCACGACUCUGGAGGUCUAUUGUGGAAGAGAAUAAAGCUGACCACCACCCGUAAAGCCAACGCGAAGAAGCGCCUCCUCCGUGUUUGGCAGAAUGAGGCUGUUCUGAGGGCAUGUGCAGAAACACCCACUUCACAAUCAUCAGGAGCUGCUGCCAGUGGAGUCUGUGAGAAAGAUAGCACAAGUAGCCAAUAAUGAGGUAGAAUGCUAGGCAAACUUGGAGGUGUUCGUUUGGUCAUUCUCGGGCCUCUAAAUAUCAACCAUUUGUUAUAACCUUCAAAUGAAUACUAUCCUGAACCUCCAUUUUGAUCUUUCUAUUUCUAGAGUUGAG